AUGGCGAGCCUCGUACGGCAGUACCUGUGCUGCUGCUUGCCCGCUCCCAGUGUCGACGAGGACACCGAGCGCGCACCUCUGCUCAACCCGGACAUCCUCCCAGAGGCUCCUCCUCGACCUCAAGGCCGCUCGACCGAGGAACAACAACGCGAGCGCGAGUCGCUCCAGCGCAUCCUCGAACACGCCACCGAGCGCCUCAUCAACGUCGAGUCGCUCGCCGCAUUCCGCCCUUCUCGCCCCGAAUCGACCCUGUCCGCCGCACCCUCGACCUCGUCCUCCCCCUCGGCCUCGCCCGCCCGCCGUCGCAAGAAGCGGCCCGCGUCGUCGUCGACUUGGCGCCCGCCGAUGGACGACACGCCGCUCGCGCCCGUGCGCGUCGUCCACCUUGGGCGCAACUGGGAGGAGGUGCCCACAGCGGCGGGCAAGGUGGCGCAGCGAGGGUGGACGAGGCCGGCGAGCAGCCACUCGAUGCGGACGCUGCCUCGAGGCGGCGGCGGUGGACCAGGUCGCGUCGCUCGGCAGAGGAUGCGGCGAGACGCUGGUACGGACGAGGAGCUCGGUGAGAACGAUGAGGACGAGGCCGAGCUCGAGGCGGGCGCGAGUGCAGACGGCGGCGGCGAGGGGGACUCGCAGUUUGGGACAGUCGCGAGCUACCGGACGGCGAGGAGCUCGGGCGGGACGGUGCGGCCGGGCGAUGUGCGGGAACUGUGGGGCGCAGACGGCGAGCCCGAGAGCGAGGUCGACGAGGAGCUCGCACGGGCCAUCGCCGCCCUCGAGUCGUCCAUCGACGACUGGUCGCUCCCGGGCGGCCUCGGCCCUUUCGUCGCCGAGCUUGGCGAUGGCGACGAGGAAGAUGAGCGGGUGCGGGCACGUUGAGGGAGCGCCAUGCGGGAUCCAGGGGCAGCGGCGAGAGGGAGCAGGACGGCGAGGGGGAUCCACGAGGAUACGAGGCCGUAGAGAAGGCAGACUUCGAUCUAGAGACUCGUUGCGCAUCCU